AUGGCACGGAAGCCCAACACGGUCGUCGUGCUGCACCCAGUGAACAGUGCCAUCGUCACAUUGGACCUCUGCAUUCAGCUAGGAAGCCCCUUGGCUCCCGUCUGGCAGAAGAGCAUGGCGAGAGAUCAAGAUGAGAUGGCAAGCAAAACAAUCGAGCGCCUCCAGAUCCUCCUAGCACAGCAGAAGGGGAAUAAAAGUAGCAAACGGACGACGAGGGAGGAGAUACUCAAGAACUGUGAGACCAUUGAAGUUCUCGGUGUAGAAAAUGAGGAGCGUCAGGUGGAGAAGGAACAAGACACGGCAUCGGAAGCAAAAACAUCAACACCAAGUAGAAUAGAGCUACGAAGUUUGGAUACCUCGGUACCUAACAAGAUUUUCUGGAAGCUUGCAAGGCUACUGCAGAUUGGAUCGAUGACUCUGGAAGUCAAGUACAACGUGCCGACUAUCACUUCAGUUGUGCCUCCUUCCGCACUGUAUGUUGGAGUACCAGCUGUCUGCUCCGGCAUCACUGCACUUUUUACAUCGGAGGUUGAUGUUCGCCACGAGUGGUGCGUGCGCAGUGCUGAAUCAGGUGAUAAGACUUCGUUGCGUGUAAUCUCGACGGAUGCUGUCUUCACGCCGUCUGAGGAGCAAUUGGGGAAGUCGCUGCUGUUGCGUGUGUCGCCGAGUUCGGACUCCGACCUCUGGACGCAGGUGGAUUUACCGCCUGUUCUCAGCGCACUGCCCUCUGCUGACCGAUGGCGCCACACGAAACAGCCGGUAGAGGCACCAGUGUUCAGGACGGUCACGUACAAUGUGCUCCACGAUGAGUUCUGCAGUACAGGGUCUGCAAAAAGGCGCAUCUACCCUUUCGCGACAGACGCUGUCUUGGCCUUGGAAUACCGACAGGUACGUAUUGUACAGGAACUUCUAGCAUAUAAUGCAGAUUUGAUUUGUCUUCAGGAAUGUGGGAAGAAGGUAUACCACCAAUACUUUGAGCGUGUCUUGCGUCACCACGGUUACGAAGGGCGUUACACCAACAAGAGUGGGGGAGUGCGGGAGGGCUGUGCAAGCUUCUGGCGAAGCAGCCGAUUUUGCCUGCAAAAUUUACACGAGUUUUCCCUCAACUGGGCUACACUGCAGCAGGACCACCCUGAACUGGCUGCACAGGUAGCAGAUCACGCCGAGCUGCAGGAGGCUCUCGAGAAUAUCACAUCCAUUGGCACGGUUCUGGUGCUGAAGGAUCUCCAUACUCGGGAAGAUCUGCUUGUCGGUAACACACACCUCUUCUAUCAUGCUAACGCGUGUCACAUACGUAUGCUACAGACAUAUAUGCUCCUAUACAAGCUAAAGCUUCUCAGCAAAUCGCAGUGUCCUGUGGUUCUUUGUGGAGACUUUAACUUUACACACACGACAGGUGGUUAUAAACUCGCAACGACAGGUCGGGCGGAGGCAACGCAUCAUUCGUGGAACAAGGGAGAGCUCUUCUACUGGGGCUGCGACCGGAUGCUUGGUGUUGACGCGGAGGAAGAAGUUAAUGAGGACGUUGGCUCAGUGGCGGCGGCAGCAGAAACAAAAACAAUAACAACGACCGCAACAUCAACGCCACCGCCGCCAAGCAUCCAGGCCGGGCAUCAGCCGCCGUUCAAAGCUUUUAAACAUGACCUCCUCGCCCCACUACAGCUUGCCGACGCAUAUGGCUUGACGGACCCGGACAUGCCGUGGACUAAUUACACGAUGACGUUCCGCGAGGUCAUUGACUAUGUCUUCUUUGCUCCAGCGCGACUCUUGGUUGUGCGCACGAUUCCUAUUCCACCGGAGAGCGAACUCGCGGAGGAUGUCGCGCUGCCGAACAAGCGGUACCCGUCAGAUCAUGUCGCACUGAUUGUUGAUUUGUCGUACCAGCCCCUGCCCUCGUGA